AUGGCAAAGACGUGGAGUUUUGAUAGUCAAGCGAUUGGUUUAAAAAUUACACGCCCAAAAUUAUAUCGGACCGAAGUAGUUGAGCCCGAUUCCUUUUAUGAACUUUCCAUUGAAGAAGCGCAAACAUUAAGUCGGCCACAAACGCGGGACUUCCGGUUUGUAGAAGAGCACAGUGAAACCGAGAAAUUACAAAAACUUGCGAAGAUGAAGACAACGACAUUAAAAUUCAAAUUUCCUGAUGGGAUAGAAGUGAUUCGAACAUUUUCGCCACAACAACGUCAAAAAGAGGUGUAUUCCUUUAUUCGUGAAAUCAGUACAGAAAUUACUUUUGUCUUACGAAAGCCAUAUGGGAAGAACAAUUAUGUACUUGACGACGACACUUUACUCUAUACCAAUGGCCUUGUCCCCAACAGUGUUUUGUGUGUUGUUUUAACGAAACCGCCAACACCGAAAACGCCGUUACUUCGUGCAGAAUUAUUACAAAACAAUUAA